AAUAAAUCUGCGGUAGUCAGAUCGUCAAAUCGAAUGGGAUAUUGCGUUCACUUGUCAGUAAACUUGUGGACGGUUUAGUUCUAUCCAACAAAGACGUGAUAAACCCGAAUCAGAACUUAUAUCGUGACGCAAUAAGAAGCUUUUAUUCUGCGUUCUGGUUUCAUGUCCUUGCUCUUAUUUUUGACAUUAUCUGCCCAGAUUUUGAUAUUUGCCUAAACGAUCAACAUCCUACGAAUUGUUCCAGCCUUGGAUUUGCCGACGUGUAGGCUUCAUCUGCUCAUGCUCCAGCAGAACCAGCCAGCCCAAUUACCAACAUGGCUGUAAAUGUUUCUUACGUAUACAGUUUUAUUUUAUGUAUUCAUCAUUUCAUAUCCAAAGCCGCAGUCGAAAGCAGAUUCUCCGACUUCAAAAGCUGUGCAGACGAGAAAUGCAGUAUGCUCUUGUGCCGGGGGAAAGCUUUUAGUGAUUUCACCAGACCAGACUGUCGGUUUCUGCCAUUUAAAAAAGGAGAGACAUAUGUCUACUAUAAACUCUCAGGCCAAAGGACAAAUAUAUGGGCAGGGAGUGUUGGUAACCGCUUUGGUUACUUCAAUAAGGACCAACUCGUAAUCAAUCACAUAUACAUUGAAAAAGAAUUGGAGAUUCCUGCUGAGGAAACCGACUUUGUUUGCUUUGACACUGGACAUGAUAAGUUUGACAGUUAUGACAUUGAUUCACUGUUAGGUUCCUCUUUAUUGUUAACAGACAAGGAGGAAUCUGUGCAAGUAACCACAGAGACUUUCUACCUAAACAAAAGUGGUGGAAGCACCACGGCGGGAGUGGAUGAGCCUCCACCUGAAGUGACAUUGUUAGAAAAUGAUGAGAUUGAUAGGGAUGUUCCUGAGGACAUUGAUAAGGUUGUAGAUAAUGAUGAUCUGAGACAUUUUGAGGCUUUAGAGUCCUCUCUGCCUCAGCCUGAAACUCUUGACACAAAGGGAGUGGAAUAUAACACUCUACUUGAGACCACAGCUGAGAGGAUCAAAGAUGACCUUCAGAAAGAUCAUCAGAGGACAGAGGACUCUGUGCCGUACAGUGUUGUUGAACCAGAGGAAGGUGAGAUCAAAGAAACCCCCUCAGAACCUCUAUCCAAAGAUGAUCCUGAGUUAGCAAAUGCACCUGAUGGUUUUUCAAAAGGCAGACCUAUUCCGGAGUUAAAAAACACACUUGGAAUAGCUUUUGAUGCGGUCACUUCCAAUGAUGAGGACUCUUGGAAGGUGACUCCAUAUGACGAGGAAAGUGACAAGACUGAAUAUCAGCAGGAUGAGGAAAGUGAUUAUCAUCUCAGGGAAACUCCAUUGCUGGCUUUUUCUGAAGAAAGUUCUAAUUUGAAACACGAGAACAUUCUGGAAUCUGAUCAUACAGAUGAGGAAGACAGUCUAUCAGAGGUACCUCAUACACAGAAACAGGACUCCAAGGACAAUAACCUGUGGUCUGCAUUUGGUGAUACAGUUUUUAACAUUGUCAGUUGUGGGGAAAGAAUAGCUCAUGUUGCCGGUUCAGAGGAAGAUGAGGAGGAUGACGAAGGUGAGAUUACACCAGAGCAGCCUCCCAAAAUUGAAGAACCCAAGGAGUCAUUUGGCUGUUCUACUUCCUCUGAGCUAAUCUUUGAGCAACCUACAGACUCUAAUUUUAGGGAGGAUGCUUUCAAAGUACCUGAUGAGGAUUCUCAGAUGUUGCAGUUUGAGGAUGAAUCUGAAGAAGCUGACAUUGAACCUUCAACACCUCCUGCUGAUGAUGUGAGUCCCUUUGAACACACUGAGGCUUUAGCAGAGAAUCUUACAGUAGAUGACAGCCCAGUCCCUAAACAGCUCUCACAGACAGACAUGCUCUCAGACUUUGAUAGUAAAAUUAACGAAUUAGAGCAGAAACAAGCUGUUGAAGAACUCCCCAUACAAAAAGAGGAGUCAAUAGAUUUCUCACAAGUAGAGAAUACAUUUAAACAGGGUGGUACAGAGCUUUUCAGACUAUUGCGAGAACCAUACCAGAAGAUCCCAGAUCCAAGUAAAAACACAAUGGUGAAAGAGAGCCAUCUUGAACUCCCCAUAGAGGAGGAUGAUUCAAUACACCUAGAGGGGGAAGAGAUUGAGGAAGAGUUGCUAGAGGAUGAAAAUGCAGUAUUGUCUUCAUCCAUCCAAAACUGAGCACACGAUGAAAAUGACACAGAAAGUCUAUUUGAAUUUGGGUCAGAGCAACUCAAUACAUAUACACAAACCGAUGUUGUAUCCAGUGAUGUGUUGGAUGUGGUCCAACACGACGAGGCUAUUGACAUAGAACCUGAGGUGCAUGAGACUGAAAAUUAUGCUGAAAGUCACACACCCUCACUUAAAGAUAAAGUUCUGGAUCCCCUUCCAAACAAGGAGACGGAAUACAGUGACAAUGUGUUUAGGCUGACACUAUUGCGAGACCACUUCAAGGAGGAGGAUAUGGAGCGCCUCCAAAAGAUUCUAGGUCUUCAGAAUCUCUUUAGGGUGGAGUUCCUGUUUUCUGACCUGGAGCUGAAGGCUGCCCGGCUGUCCCAGAUAAACACCAGUGAGGACAUUGAAAAGGUGCGGGAAGCCAUUUUGGAAGCCUCUGAAACCCCAAUCCUGGAUGAGAUUGAGAGGAUGCUGGAUGCCCAGGAGAACGCUGACCUGCAGCAGGAGGCUGGUGAGUUUGUUGAGGAAGCUUCCAUCUUGGACGACAUCCAGGAAUUGGUGUUCACCCUGAGUCAGAAGUACUCAACGGCCAGAAACAGUGCUCCCACGGCAGUGGGCAGUCAACUACACCCUGACACAGAUGGGGAUAUGUCUGAUGAUGUGGAGGAAGAGAAGACAUUCCCGCAGUCUGUGGAGGACACAGACAAGGACAACCUCACUGUGACAGAGACGGGGGAAGAGACUAAGGCACCUGAGAAGCCUGCCAAUGAUGGUCACAAGAUACCAGAUAUGGGCAUUGAGGAGGAUAGUGGGUACUUGAACAGAAACAAAGACAAUCAGACAAGCUCUAAAACUCAAGAAGAAGUCCAGAGGGGCCCUCAAACUAUUUUGGAAAAUACCUUGGACAUGGGACUUAGCGUAGACAUGGAUCGUCCUCCCUCAGGAUCUCUGGAGUCACCUCCUGUCACUGAUUUCCAUGAAGAUGAGCAGAGUGGUUCAUCAUUCGUAUCAGUGCUAAUUUUAUCUGGUCGUCUCAUCACCCUGUUUUAUGAGUAUCUUGGAAUAUAUGGUGUUAUGAUGGUCACCAGCCUGCCAGAGCACUGGAAGCCAGGUCCAGACUUCUACAGCGUGUUCUGUGAACCCAUGCUGGUCACUGCAGGUGCCGGGGUCAUCGGCUUCCUCUUCUGGAGGAGCAUUCUAUCUGUCAAAAGCAAGUCAUAUCUAACUACUGAAAAAGAGCUGGUGGACAGGAUGAAAAUGCUUGAACAAGAGAAGAAGGAGAUACUCCAAAAGGUCGCUGAACUGCAGCAACGGGGUGAAGAACUUAAAGAAAACCAAAAGCUGUCUGAAAAAUCUGCCACUUUAUCUCUGGAGAAGAUCCAGGAUUUGGAGAAUAUUGUGCAAGAGAUGGAGAGACAAAAUGAGCGCCUGGAUGCGGAAAAUCACUUACUCGCCAUAUCCUUUGACAAAGAGCGGGCCAAUACUGCGAAACAUGAAGAUAUGAUGUCCGAAAUGGAUAAAACCAUUGAGAAGUUGAAGCGCAGCAAGAAGAAGACCCAGCACGCACUCUCAAAGUCUACCAUUCUGAUGGAUGAAGUCAAGCUCUGUGAAGAUGCCCGUAAUGUCCAGCACCAGGUUCUGGAGAAGGAUAUUGCCACCCUGAAGGAGGAGAACCUCUCGCUGCACCAUGCUGCCAAGUUGUGGGAGGAGAAGCACAGAGAGACAAGAGAGCAGAUCAAAGUCUACCACAAGUCGCAGAAAGACCUGGAGGAUUCCCUUGUUCAAAAGGACCACAACGUUCUAUCUGACCUGCUAGGAGACCUGGAGGCCUGCGAUGACCUGAAAGGUGGAGUUGUGGCUAACGGGGAAGCCUUUAACGACAAGCAGACCAUCAUCCAAAACCGCAUUAAGCAAUUGAUGGUCGUCUCUCGGGUCCAGACCACUCUGUCUGUUGUGGAGGAAGAGCGCGAUCGCUUCAUGACCAAGCUGCUGAACGAAGAGAAGUCCAGGAAAGAGCUGGAAGAGCAAUUACAGAAGCUGGAGCAUGACAUCUUGUUGGUGAAAAGUGACAAGAACCACCUGGAGAACCAGUACAAGACCCUGCAGCAGAAGAAUGACAUCAUGACCGAGAUGUACCAGCAGAAGGAGAACGCUUUGCAGCAGAAGCUGACCAAGGAGGAGUUUGAGCGCCCCAACAAGGAAGACCGGCUGAUGAAGGUGGACAGCAAGGCCCUAGAGGAGGAGGUCAAGGUGUGUAAGCAGCGCGUUAAAGAGAUCCAGGAUGAGCUGAAACGGACCGAGAAGUCCUACAAAGCCCAGAUCAUUGAGCAGGAGCAGAAAUCUCACGAGAACUGGGUGAUUGCACGCGCCGCAGAGCGAGCUCUGUUCGACGAGAAGAAGGAAAACACUAACCUUCGUAACUUACUGACUGACAUGUCCAGCAAGCUGAAUGAGCUCCGUAGGCCUCUGUUCAAGCACACCCCUGGGAUGGCUCCCAUGCCUCUCCGACGAGGACCACGACCUCGCGGCCGUUACCCUCCUGACCACAAACACCCAGUGGCUUCUAGACCUGACACCAUGGCCCCACGUACAUCCUCACCAAGCGAUCUGGGCAGCUCGACCACUCCACUAGAGUCACAGGCUGAGGCCCAGGCCUCCACAGAGAACCCAGAGGCAAACACUCGACCUCAGGGUCCUGGCUCCCUGCUGGUCUCUCCCAUCAGGUCCCCCCCCCGACUCAAGCCCCGGCCCCCUCAGACCAGUCAUCAGCCAUCCUUCCGGACUCUGCUACCGUCCCAUUCUCGGACCCCACCACAUCCCUCCUCCCCCACCCUUCAUGCCUCCCGUGUCCCGACCAGACAAUGGACACUCAGGCAUGAUGCGUCCUGGACCCCCACCGCCUAACGGACACCCGCCUGGUCCCAUGAUACCACCCGGACAUCGGCCUCCAACUCCUGGUGCUUACAGUCCCCCUUCCCCACACAACCGGGACCUUCCUCCACCUUCUCACUAUGAACCGGUGCCUUCCCCAUUCAGUAGGUGGUGAAUUCUGGCCCCCAGCUUUUAUCUCAAGUGUUUCCGGCAGCCCUCCUAUGGCCCGACCCAUGGGACCCCCACAUACCUACGUGCACUAUGGACCACUUGAUCACUCCAUCCUGCCC